AUGGCGCGUGAACUUGAAAAGGACAGCGUUUCCAACUGCUACACAAAGACGUUGUUCGUUCGUACACUAGGACAACAAAACACUAGGAAUGCGCAUUUCAGUGGGAGCUGCGGUUGCGGCGAAGAUGUAAAAAUUUUAAACGAGCAUUCGAAUGCCAAAGGGCGCCGCUACACGGACGCUCUCGGCAGAUCCCUCUUCUCCAUAAUCUUGGCUCUCAAGCACGAUGAUCCGGCUAGCUGCUUACGAAAUGUGAGACCGGAUAUAAGUUACGUUCGCACAUUUACCAUUGGAUGUGACAACUCCGGAAACACUUGUAGAGGGCUGUUAGCAGUUUCAGUCGAAGCAAAAUCACUCUAUGUUGCUUAUAGAGAUAGCGCCUCGCACAAGCAGUUCGCCGCAGAGAUACUGAACGGUUUUGGAGCGCAGUUCGGCGCUUGGGAAAAGUUUGAAGACCCUGAAGCAGGAGUGAUCUCCUACUUCCAUCACGCGUUUUACAGGACAUUCAUCGGGAGUGGCAUGAAAGCUCACUUCGAGGAGCUGCAGAAAAAGUACGUCAAUUAUCGUGUCUGGGUUACAGGAUACUCUCUCGGUGGUUCCCUUGCAUCAAUGACGGCUCUAUAUCUUGCAAGAAAGGAAAUCGUUGACAAGAAAUUGCUUCGACUAAUCACGUUCGGUGAACCACGUACUGGAAAUGUUGCAUUCGCUGAGGCCGUAGAGAAAUACGUGAAAUUCCGUUAUCGAGUAGUCAAAGGAGAUGACUUCAUGACCAGUAUCCCUCGCUCGGUUGACCCUCAAACGACACUGACCGGUACGCUUUAUCGUCGACAACCGUUGUUUUAUAGAUACCUCGUCCACUACGACAACAAAAUGGAAAAAGGAGAUACUUUUCGAAUCUGCGGCCUGUCUGACGACUAUGGAUGUCGAAACACGCAUAGAUCUUUCAGUAUUGCUGAUCAUCUUUCAUACUUUCAUAUUAAUCGCGAGAAGUUCUUACAACAAGGGUGUCCCAGAAGCCAGCUACUAAAAGAAACGAUAAGAAAGAAGAUCGAUCUUCAUUUUCCCUCAGAAAAGCGUAAAAUGACUUUGUUUCACUUCUCACGUUUCAAUUCCGUAGUGCAUUGUCGGUACUGUUCACAAUUCACAAAAACAGCUCUGUUGUGCAAUUGCACACAUCAGCAGGUGCAGACUCUGUGCUCCAUGGCCAUUCAUUUACGCGCAAGUGUUGUGAACACCGCAGGGGCACCACAUGAGCCAUUGGAUCUAACAUAUCAGUGUAUAGGAACUUUUGCAAGUAUCACCUCCCGUAUAACUGCCUUUGCUAUCACCUCUUUAUUGGGAAACGUGUUUUAUGUUGGAGGACGUGCUCAAGUCUGUCGUCGACGAAAGGAUUCUUUGUUCGUUCAGUGA